AUGCUGCCUUCCCUUUCCGCCCUCGGUGCAACCGCACUGCUGUCGAUAUCCUCUCUUGUCAGUGGACUUCCAGUAGAGAAGCGUGCUGUAGCCGGUCCCGUCAUCGGCUCAAACUUUCCCGACCCUUCUAUCAUCCGCGUCGGCAACACCUGGUACUCGUUUGCCACGAACAAUAACGACGGCUCUGGCAGCACUCAUGUGCAAAUUGCUAAGUCCUCCGACUUCAACUCCUGGACAUUAUUGGGCAAGGAUGCUCUUCCCAACCUGCCUGGCUGGGUUUACGCCGCAAACCCCGCCGUUUGGGCCCCCGAUGUCAUCCAGAAUGAUGCUGGCAAGUUCGUGAUGUACUUCGCUGCCUCGCGCAACGACAAGUUUCACUGCACUGGUGUUGCCACCUCGGACAACAUUGAGGGUCCUUACACCCCUCAGUCCGACCCUUGGGUCUGCCCGCUCGACCAGGGUGGCGCUAUCGAUGCCUCUGGUUUCCUUGACUCUGAUGGCUCCCGUUACGUUACCUACAAGAUUGACGGCAACGCUCUUGGCAAUGGUGGUGUUUGUGGCAACACUAACCCUCCCAUUCACUCGACGCCCAUCAUGCAACAGAAGGUCGCCGGCAACGGUAUCGACAAGAUCGGCAGCCCUUACCAAGUCCUUGACCGCGACGACAACGAUGGUCCGCUCGUUGAGGCUCCCAGCAUCGCGAAGCUGCCCGAUGGCCGGUACGUGCUGUUCUUCAGCUCGAACUGCUUCUAUUCGAUCAACUACGACGUGACGUACGCCAUCGCAGACAAGGUUUCCGGCCCGUACACCAAAUACGGCCCGCUCUUCGUCUCUCAAGGAAAGCACGGCUUCUGGUCGCCCGGUGGCGCCAGCAUCGCCGGUGACGCCACUCACCUUGUCUUCCACUCGUACAACCCGGGUGGUUCCGACACCCGCGCCAUGUACACCGCAACCCUGAAGUGGGAGGGCAACUUCGCCAACGCCGAAGCCUAA